CCGCAUUGGGAGGAGGCGUGAGUCAUCCGUCUGACGUUUCUGACAUAUUGCCGGCCAGCGGCCCCGCAAGCCAAGUGCCGGCAUGGUUGCGGAGGCAGCCUCGCGCCGACCUCGCGCUCCAUACAUCCACCUCUUUGUCCACGAACCCUGCUUUGAUCAGCGAGCUUCCCCGCCGCUUCCUUCCCUUCCUUUGCGCAAAGAUGCAUUUCCAAGAGCUGAAGGCAACGACGUACACGGCCGUCUCGCCGUAUGGAUAUACGCCGGAUGCGUGGAUCGGCAUUCUGUUCAUUGUCCUCUUCGCAUUGUCUACAAUAUUCCACCUAGUACAAGCCAUCCGUUACCGGCUGUGGUGGCUGCUCUUUACCGUGGUUCUUGCGGGCAUCAUGGAACUUAUCGGGCACGGCGCUCGCCUGUGGUCCUCCUACAACAUCCAUAUUAAUACACCGUACCUCAUUCAGAUCGUAUGCACGAUUCUGGCACCCACUCCCCUCGUCGCUGCAAGUUUCAUAACCCUGGGUCAAGUCAUCCAUCGCCUCGGGCAGCAAUAUAGUAGGCUCAGCGCGAGGUGGUACACGAUCGUGUUCAUUAGCUGUGAUAUUAUUGCCCUCAUUAUCCAGGCAUUGGGAGGCGCGAGUGCAGACGCGGCGGUGAAUCAAAACAAGAGUGCCAAGCCUGGUGGAAACACGAUGCUGGGCGGUAUCAUAUUCCAGACUGUCGCCAUCACCUUCUACAUGCUGCUUGCGACCGAGUUCGUCUUCCGAUACCUCUACAACAAGCCCAUCGGCGGCCGCCCGAUCGAGAAGACUGGAUACACGCUCGACUCCAAGACGAAGCAGAUGGUCGGCGCACUCGCAUUCAGCAGCGCGUGCAUCUACGUCCGUUCGUGGUACCGUACCGUCGAGCUCGCCAACGGCUGGCAAGGGUACAUCAUCCGCACGCAGCGUUACUUCGUUAUCAUGGACGCGCUCAUGAUCGUCUUCGCGAUGUGGAUCAUGAACAUCUUCCAUCCCGGCCGUCUCCUCGGCCCUGCUCCGGCGUGGAAGUUCGACCAGCACGUGGGCAGUGAAGGCGAGACACGCGCUUCAGAAGAGUCGUCGCAACGGGGUGACACCGAGAAGCAGUGAUCUCCACCGAGUAGCGUGGGUGACUGUCUCCAGUAGAUGUAUACGGAUCUGGAUGGACUACGUGUUUGGAUGGGUAGGAUGGGCAAUGAUUCUUCGGUUGGGAUCAAUGCUUAUUCACGACCCAGUACUCUACUACAUAGUACUCGAUUGACUGCUACUGAGAAUUGGACUUUAGAUUCCCUAUACUUAUACACUCUCGAUCACCUUCAAUAAUAAUUGAAGCGAAGCUACGGAUAUCAGUCCCUGGGUGCCGUCCCAUCCAGUGUGUUUCUCUGCAGUGUAUGGCCACUUUUUGCGAGCAUGUUAACG